UGGCUCUGCGCUGCUGCCAUAUUGACGCUAGCGAGCUAACAAUCACACAACUUGAAGUCAGCUGGAUACUCGCACCUUGCUAUUCCGGAGUGACUAGAAACCACCAAAUCAAGAAACACAGAGAGACGGAAGAUCGUUGUACCAUAGAGAGAGACCAAAAUGGUGCUGUUGGCAGCGGCGGUGUGCACCAAGGCCGGGAAGGCCAUUGUAUCGCGGCAGUUUGUGGAAAUGACCCGGACACGAAUUGAGGGUCUUCUGGCUGCAUUCCCUAAACUGAUGAACACGGGCAAGCAACACACGUUUGUGGAAACAGAUAGUGUUCGCUAUGUGUACCAGCCACUGGAGAAACUCUACAUGGUCCUCAUCACCACCAAGAACAGCAACAUCCUGGAGGACUUGGAGACACUCAGACUCUUCUCCCGUGUGAUACCAGAAUACUGUCGUGUCCUGGAGGAGAGCGAAAUAUCAGAGCACUGUUUCGACCUGAUCUUUGCCUUCGAUGAGAUUGUGGCACUAGGCUACAGAGAGAACGUCAACCUGGCUCAGAUUCGCACCUUCACAGAGAUGGACUCCCAUGAGGAGAAGGUCUUCCGUGCUGUCAGAGAGACCCAGGAACGAGAGGCCAAAGCAGAGAUGAGGAGGAAGGCCAAGGAGCUGCAGCAGGCUAGGAGGGACGCUGAGCGCUCUGGAAAGAAGGUGCCAGCUUUCGGCGGCUUCGGCAGCGCCGGCAUGACUAGCGUCUCCUCAGGGUCCAUCAUCACAGACACCAUUGUCGAGCCUGAGAAACCCAAGAUCACAGCAGCUCCAGUCAGACCAAGCGGACCGAGUAAGGCUCUGAAACUGGGUGCUAAAGGGAAAGAAGUGGACAACUUUGUUGACAAGCUCAAGUCCGAGGGUGAAACCAUCAUGCCCACCUCAGGAAAGAGGGGCUCAGAUGUAUCUAAAGCUCUACCACCACCAGUCAACGUGGAGAGUGUACAUCUGCGUGUGGAGGAGAAAAUCUCGCUGACUUGCGGACGUGACGGCGGCUUACAGAACAUGGAGGUGCUGGGCAUGGUCACGCUCCGAGUCACAGAUGAUAAAAAUGGUCGCAUCCGCCUCAUUAUCAACAAUAAUGACAACAAAGGAUUGCAGCUGCAAACACAUCCCAAUGUGGACAAGAAGUUGUUCACAGCUGAAUCAGUGAUUGGCCUGAAGAACCCAGAAAAGUCCUUCCCUCUCAACAACGAUGUUGGCGUGCUGAAGUGGAGACUACAGACCACAGACGAGGCCCUCAUACCUCUAACCAUAAACUGCUGGCCUUCAGAGAGUGGUACUGGCUGUGAUGUCAACAUCGAAUACGAGCUGCAGGAGGACAGCCUCGAGCUCAACGACGUGGUCAUCAGCAUCCCUGUACCGUCUGGUGUGGGAGCUCCUGUGAUCGGUGAUCUGGAUGGGGAAUACAAACAUGACAGCAGGCGAAACAUCCUAGAGUGGUGCCUACCUGUCAUCGAUGCCAACAACAAGACGGGCAGCCUGGAGUUCACCAUCGCUGGACAGCCCAAUGACUUCUUCCCUAUCAAUGUGUCCUUUGUGUCCAAGCGCAACUACUGCGACAUCCAGGUUACCAAAGCGACUCACGUAGACGGCGACAGCUCCGUUAGAUUCUCUUCAGAAACCUCCUUUGUUGUCGACAAAUAUGAAAUCCUGUAAAAAAAACACAAAACAAAAAAAAUAUUCAAAGAAACCGACAAAAUCAAAAAAAUCACAGACAAAAAAAGUCCAAAUCUAUGCUACAGAGAAAGAUUGAAGAUUUCUUGCCUGCCCACCCUGUAUACUAUUUCAGAGACUGUGUACAUCGACAGGACUACGUCAGCCCUCUGGCAAAGCCUCUUCCUGUGGUGGAGCAGAGCAGCAGUGGUGGUGUAUUUAUAUGUUUGUAUGAGAGAGGAUCAUCUAUAUAUAGAGUUAAUUGAACAGGAAACACACACACAAAAAGAAAACUACACUGAUGCUGUUGGGUUGGCCAAGCAGAACUGUAAAGUGGACUUCAGACUAAGUAGAGGAUGACCGUGGAGGUGCAGGGGAGGCCGGCGGCCGUCUCCUCGUCAGUCUAUCAGUAAAAACCAGGAGGUAGAGAGGGAGAACAGGAUCCUGAGGCCACUGAAUCAGUCUCCACUAGAAUGAGCGCUGGUAGUUUAGCGUCCCCUGGGCAUCUACAUCCUCCACACCCUUUCUUCUUCAGCCACAUUGCAAUGGUUCAUCAAUAAUGGGGUUUCCUUCUUUCUUUCUUUUCAGAUUUUCUUACCCAUAAUAAUAAUAAUUACUACAGAAUUGUAGCUCUCAAUCAUUAUAAGCCUCUUUAAACUUAUUGUGAUUUGCUCUAUUGAUAUCUCACUUCAAAUGAUUGUUUCUGUUUUUUCUUGUGAAGAAUUUUUUCGUAGAGGUAACACUUCGCUUAAAAAAACAAAAAAAAAGCAAAAAUGUGGCUCUGUGCUCAGUAUAUUGUCUGUACUGUCUGCGGUUAUCAUCAGCAAGAUUCUGUUCUUUUUUUAAAACUAUUUUUUACUGUUUAAUUUGUCAUUGUUUACCACUAAUCUGGAUAUUAAAAAAAUUGAGUGAGCAGGACUUUGUGAGGAAACGUUACCUUUCCCUGUUAAUCCAUCUGACCAUUGCAUCUGUUGAAUCUUUAUUGUAACACCAUUGCAGCCACUCCUCACGCCAUGUUUCACUCUGGUCCUUUUUUAAUCCAGUGAUCAGCCCUCAGAGAAUAAAAAGUACUUUGAACGCAGCCCAGAAACAACAUCCAAGCCCCUUAAUCUAACAUCACACAAGAUGUUUUAGAUUUGAGAUUGAAGUUGAUGGGUGUUGGCAUGAUGGUGGAACUCCACAUACGCACACACGCACACACACACACAGGGAUCAGAGACUGCCGGCCCAAUAUUCGACCCCUCCCCUCACAUCCUCGGUCAGCAGAGACUACCGGAGCCCUCUCGGUAAACUCUGCUGCCCUUGUUCAUCCACCUCGUCAUCCUUUACUGACAUUCUCAUUAUACAUAUUCAAGAUAUAACAUUUUGUCUUUUCAUGUUCUUGUUUUUUUUUUUUUUUGCUUUUCUUUCAUUUGUACUCCCCAAAUUUCAAUUUAGCAAUGGUUGUGUGGAUGUGGGGUUGAAAAUGACUAGAUUGAACAUUUUUAACUAAAUUACUGAAGGGGAAUCUUAACAUUCCAGUGUACAAUUAGAAAAAAAGAAUCUUUAAUGGAAUAAAAUGUAUUAUUGAAAAUCUAA